GCACUAUAAACUUAGAUUCUCCGUUUAAACACAGUCAUAAACAAAACACCCAUGUGCAGUGGCGGCAUCGGACCUCUGGAGUUAUACAACUACUUGUUUGGUAAAAUCUGCGAUUAAUCAGUGUACGACGAUUUAAAUGCAUUCUGUCGUCCAAUUUCAGUCGGUGUAAUACACGAAUCCAUUCCGUCUUUGCAUGCCGACUGACUACACAGUAGAAUUUGCAAAUUAAACUCGUCCUAAAUCGAGUGCUUCGUGAAAGGGUGAUGGCGUCCAACUCCGUGAUCGCCACCCUAAUCGUCAUGAUCUGCGUCCUGGUGGGCGUGGGCAUCGGCCUCGGGGUCUAUUAUGGUGUCGACUGGGAUGACGACGACGGCGGGACGGUGCCAUUUGACGGCUUGGAAGGGAUAAAGAGAUUCGACUGCUAUCCUGAGGGUGGGGGAUCGAAAGAGGCAUGCGAUAGUCGGGGAUGCGUGUGGAGCGAGACUAAUGUUGCAGGGGCUCCGUAUUGCUACUACCACCCUACUGACCAUGGCUACACCAUGAUUGACGAACCUACAACGACGAAGCUUGGUUGGAAGGUUCGUUUAGGGCGGAAGAAUAUUCCUCAGAGGUAUGGCAUGGCUGCUGAUACUAUACAGAUAGAAAUAGAGAUGCAGACAGAUAAACGUCUUCAUUUUAAGAUAACGGAUCCUUUGACGGAACGAUUUGAAGUACCCCUCGAGAUACCUAAGCCCGCUGAACAGGCUUUGAACCCAGAAUAUGAAGUCUCGUAUACCAAGAACCCAUUCAGUCUUCAGGUCACCAGAGUCAGUACUAAUACAGCCAUUUUCAACACCUCUGUAGGUGGUUUGACUUACGAGGACCAGUUUCUACAGAUCUCCACCUUACUUCCCUCCUCCAACAUCUACGGGUUUGGAGAGCACAACCACAGGCGAUUCCGUCUUGAUCUCAACUGGAAGACAUGGGGAAUCUUCACACGUGACGUCGCGCCUGUGGAUGCGUGGAAUUUGUAUGGUCACCAUCCCUUUUAUAUGUGUGUUGAGGACGGAGGGAACACUCACGGAGUUUUUCUACUGAACAGCAAUGCCAUGGAUAUCGUACUUCAGCCAACACCAGCUCUUACAUAUCGGACUAUCGGGGGUGUUCUUGAUUUUUACAUCUUCACUGGACCGACUCCAGAAAAGGUUAUUCAACAAUAUGGAGAGGUAAUAGGGAGGCCUGUGAUGGUUCCCUAUUGGUCGUUGGGGUUCCAGCUGAGCCGAUGGAAUUAUGGGAAUUUAACACGUGUCAAGGAGGUGUGGUCAUCGAUGAUCGAAGCUGGAAUUCCAUAUGAUGUCCAAUACGGGGAUAUCGACUACAUGGACGGGAAGAAGGACUUUACAUACGACAAGGUCACCUACGCAGGACUUCCAGAGUUUGUUGAUGACGUUCACGCACAUGGCCAGAAGUACAUUAUCAUAUUGGAUCAUUGCAUCAAGAUCGAAGAUGGAUACCAUGCAUAUGACACUGGCCUCAGUCCUAAUGUGUAUGUUCUUGAUCCACAAGGUAGCAAUCCUAUUGUGGGGGAAGUAUGGCCUGGAGAUAGUGUAUAUCCGGAUUUUACGAACCCUAAUGCACAAGCCUGGUGGACAACACUUUGCAAAGAUUUCCACGACGUCAUCCCAUAUGAUGCUUUAUGGAUUGAUAUGAACGAACCUUCAAAUUUCAUACGAGGGUCAACUGCCGAAGGAGAAUGCAUCGAUAAUAGAUGGAACUACCCGCCUUACUUACCCAAACUUCUUAUGGAUGACGGAAAGAUCUUUACCAAGACUAUAUGUAUGGAUGCCCAGCAUCACGCCGGAAAUCAUUACGACUACCAUAGCCUUUAUGGUCAUACAAUGACUGAAAUGACAUUUGAGACCAUAAAGGCAGUGUUUCCAGAAAAACGCAGCCUCGUCUUCACCCGGUCUUCGUUCGCUGGUACAGGGAAGUAUGGGCAACAUUGGCUUGGGGACAAUCAGAGUUUCUGGGAACACAUUUGGUGGAGUAUUGUAGGCAUGUUCGAGUUCAACAUGUUUGGCUUUCCAUAUAUUGGAGCUGAUAUCUGUGGAUUUUGGUUCAACACAACGGAAGAGAUGUGCUGGAGAUGGAUGCAAACUGGUGCUUUUUAUCCGUACGCAAGGAAUCACAACGGGGAUGGCAUGAUUCCUCAGCACCCGACCGCUUUCAGUCCAGAAAUGGCAGUUAUGUCACGAGAUAUCCUAAUGCACCGUUACCGCAUGCUCCCAUACCUAUACACACUAUUCUACCAUGCACAUAAAGACAGUUCGACAGUCGUGCGCCCUCUGCUGAAUGAGUUUGCAUCUGACCCCAUGACUUAUGACGUAGACAGGCAAUUUUUGUGGGGACCAGCUUUUAUGAUAUCUCCUGUGCUAGAAACGGCAACAUACAACGUUGAAGUAUACUUCCCAGAUACAAGAUGGUACGACUAUUACGACGGUACGGAGAUGACCGAGCAACGAGGUCAAAUAUCACUAUUACCAGCCCCUAUGGAUCAUCUUAAUCUGCAUGUAAGAGGGGGAUAUGUCCUCCCGACCCAACAGCCUGCCAAUACGACGGUCUACAGCCGUCUGAAUCCUUUGGGACUCAUUGUCGCACUCGAUGACGGACACGAGGCUCAUGGUGACCUCUUCUGGGACGAUGGCGAGUCAAGAGAUACGUAUGAAAACGGUGUAUACACCCUGUUAGAUUUUUCUGUGUCAGAGGGUAUUCUUAGUAUGACUGUCAUGGUGGAUGGUUACACUGACCCAAACGCAUUACACUUUGAUGAUAUCGCGAUCUAUGGCGCUGAUAACUACGUAGAAGGAACUGACGUAACAAUAACUGCCGCUGAAACAGAAUUUACAUUGCCGGUAGACAAUGUGGAAUUUGACGACGUAAAAAACGUGCUAAAGUUAUCGGGCCUAGCUCUCGACAUGAUGACAGCUUUCACAAUCAAGUGGGUUUAAUGAAGAAAAACACUUCAUCAUUGCGCUUCUGUAAAGACAUUUUAUUUGUUCAUUGGUUGAACGAGUAUGUUUAAGACUUUUUUCGCAGUGAUACCCUUGAACGGUAUACUGCCUACCGGAGCAUGUUGAACUGUUUGGUAAAGAAAUGAAAUCUAAAUUCAAUAUUCGUUUAAUAUUCUUGGCAGUGGUGUGGCUCUUAAUAUACUGAUGGGUUCUGAACAUUGAUGCAGCACUGAGUAAUAGUUAUGGUAUCCCAUUUCAAGUACCACUAUUCAGUUGGAUAUCAAGGGCCAUAUAAUGACCAAAUGUGCUCGACGUGUUUGUGUCACUACAGAAUUACGCAAUAGUACGUAAGUAGCUCAUCAUACUCGUACAAAUGAGCUCUGUGACAGUUUGGUAAUAGAUGAUAAAAUCAUAUCAUGUAAUGUGAAGAAAUUAAUGUCGUGCAAUUGACCGUAGUUUCGAGGUGAUUUCAUAAAGACUGCGCUGUUGCAUAAAGGUAGUAGUAGUACCAUUAUUGGUGAUUGAAUCCUUUUAAAAAAAUCUAUAUUCCUGAUUUUUAUCUAUUCAUUUCCUUUUCUGUUCCGCCACAAGCUAAUUGCUUUUAUGCAAUAGGACCUAUGUCUUCGUUAGAAACCGUGUAUACGUUUAUAUUCUUUAUGACAAAUUAAUUUUUUAUAAUGUUAUAUCCAAAUUAACUUUCGUAGAAAUGAGGAAAGUAAAAGGUUAUGCAAAUAAAUAUAUCAAUGAAUUUUGACAAGUUAUAGACCUACAUACUGCAAGCGCAAUACUUUGACAUUGAUUGAUGGCUUGAUUUAUUCUUCUUCAUUUCAAACAAAUUGACAAAGUAAGUAGGAACAAAUCAGAAUAUGAAUAACAGAAACGGAAAAAGGAAACUCACUGGAAAGCAUCGCUUGUUUAUGUGAGUCCCCUGAAAUAAAAACUGAUUAAAAUUAAUCAAAUUCAAUUAGGAAUUGACAAUGUUCAAUAGAAUAAUGUAAAAAUACUAAUGGGGUCAAGCUUCGUAUGUUAUUCGUUUUCGCUUCAGCUUAGUCCACACAAAUACCUCAAGAAUGAUAUUUUGGCAUAAUUUGUUUUCAUUUCAACUUAGUCCACACAGAUAACGAUGAUGAUAUUGAUAGUAAUAAUAGUAAUGAUAAAAUAAUAAUAAAUGGGGUUUCUAAGGCGCCAAAUCCAUUUAAAUUUAAAUGCUCAAGGCGCAUAGGUGAAAUGAGAGAAACAAACAAUGUCAAAUUAUAUACAUGUAUAUGCAGGGUUAUACAAAUAAGUCUUCAUUUUUGUUUUAAGGCUUGGUCCGAUUGCACUUAACAGAUUCAGAGAGGAUGUAAAACUAAAAAGAAUAUUGCCAUCCGUUGGAAAACGUUACGUAUCCGUUUUGUACUCUUUGGAUACGUGUUCCACACGCUCUAUAUCCAUCGAAUAUAUGUCCACUGUGAUUUCAUUGUUCGCCCAUUUUGUCCAUUGCCUGGAGCGGAUGAAAACGCAUAGAGCCACCACGAAAUUGUGCUUGUCCGCUGUAUCCGUUAUGAGUACGUUUUGUGUCCGUUGGCCAGUGGGACCUGGCCUUUAAAGUACACACCCGAAGAAUCAAAAGUAUUUUAUAAUGACUUUUUGUGGUCAUCAUUGUAAAGGGGAAGUAUUACUAAUCAGAUAUAUAACUUCACUUUUUUAAAUAGUGAUUAGAGUUUGCAGAAAUCAGCUCUCAAAAAUUACUUAUUUUCAUGGCAUAUUUCUGCCUUCAACGGUCCUUCGCCGAGCUCCAGCUGAGUGACGUCACACCAAGAGCAGUGAGCAGCUGACAGCAGCCCAUUGAAGACGAUCUUUCCAAUCAGCGUUUUUUUUUUUAUCUUGAAUUGUUUAUUCCUCACAAGAUUGGUCUUAGUAUAUAGAUAAAAGUUUGAAUUUUCUGAACAGUAAAAUGAAAUGCGCAUUUAACAUAUUUUGGUAACCGAUAUUUAGCUUAAAAACAAAUAAUUUUUUUCAAGAAAUAUGUGUGAAUAAACAAAGCAUAUUUUCACUUAGAAAUCACACUUGCGUCACAUUGAUAUCAUAAUCAAUAAAAAGCAUAGAUAUUUUUCUUCACGACUGAACAAAAAUUAUGAAAUUUCAUUACGUAGCAAAGUCAAGGAACCCCAAAAAACACGGCAAUAUCCAUCGCGAAAUGAUUGAAAUUGCAGUUGAAUUGCCAAAGCAUUAUGAGGCAACAGCGGCGAACGGACUUUGUUUCAUAUACCAUUAAAAACCCGGAAAUGAGAGGCAAAUGGUCUGUGGCCAAACCUUUGAAGGCCUUUGUUUUGAUGAGUGCGGGGACCCUGGUUUGAACCUCUGACUCGGGGAUUUUUUAAAUUAUUAUAUUCCUACCCAGCUCUUUUUAUUUUCAUGUGAGAUUCUAUUCAGACCUGCAUUUAUUAAAUCUUACUUCUUAAUUGCUGCUUUUGAUUUUCAAGUUCUUGAUUAAAUUCUACACCGACUUAUUUGGGCAGGGAUGGGAGGGGUAGAGGAUGAGUUAAAAGUCAAGUCCACAUCAACUAAAAAUUAUUUGAAUAGAGUAAUUUCCCUUGUUUUUUGUGUUUUUUUACUCAAAACAGUUAUAUACACAAAACAAUAAUAUGCAAAUUAGAGUUAUGUCACAUCACAUUCAUUUCAAUUUUUUUUUAAUCAAAGUUUUUACGAAAUUUUCUGCAAUAUUUUAUUAUUUUUCUUUAUAUUCAAAUGAAUUUUUGGUUGGGUGGACUUCUCCUUUACUCUUCACAUGGAAUGCAUAGCGAUAUUUAUCCAGAAACAAAAUUGUCUUAAAAUAUGCAAACCAGUAAUUGGACACAUGUUCACUUUCCUUUCAUCCAGGCCACUUCCUCACAUCCACCAGGCUUACCGUCUUAUAACAAACAUGAUGAACCAUCACACAACUGCAAACAACAUUCACAGUGCUUCACAAUAAAUAUUUCACUUUUGUUCAUACAUGCAAUGGAUAUCAUGGAAAACAAAUAAAAGGCGUACCCAUAUUCAAAUAUCGUUUAAAAGGACAAAUAUAUUAUACCUUUCGAAAAAACAUUGUGACGAUAUAUACACGACACUUAACUUUCAGCAAUCAGCAUGUUAUAGAACUGAUACAGAGUUGCUAACAAAAUAUAACUAUGGGGCAUUGCAAAAAACUUAUGUUCAAAGCGUAAGUCUCAAAUUCAAAUUCAAGCGUAAUAAGGUCGAGUUGCACGUGCAAUUCAACUAAAUGUGUGUGUGUAAUCAAAGGACUUACCCUUGAUUUGGGACGUGUGAUUGAGUAGAAAAUUUCUCACAAAAUGCCCUAGUUACAUUAAAAUUGUUCUUUCGUUUUAA